AUGAAUCCGAGUGCAAUUGCGCCAUUACAGCAUUACGUCCACAACAGUAGCAGGCUGUUCGGAAUUCGACCUUUCGCAAACGCGCCAGCUGUCCAAAAUCUCCUCAGUCAACUACCAUCAUCAUCGCAAGUGCGGUAUGCGAGCCAUGAUGCCGGAUCCCGGAGAGCGCAGUUGACCAAGAAACCUGAGAAUGCGAAAUUGAAUCCCCCCGCUCAGUGUCGGCCACCUCCCAUCACCAUUCCGAUCCGAGAAGCAUACGAUCAAGCGAUCCAAUACUACAUCGCCCUGGGCAAGGCAUACCUCUACUUUUUCAAGGAUGGCUUCAAGAACGUCCUUGCGAACCGUCGGCUUCUCGCUGACAGGCUAAAAAGCACUCCUAAAGAGGAUCACCCCUCCGUCUUCAAGCCUCACCAUGUGCCACGGACGUUUUCGCGUGCAGAUUGGGUCUUAUUCUGGCGCGUGCGCCAUGAUAUGAUCCGUCUACCUGCUUUUGGGCUUUUACUGCUAAUCGCAGGGGAGAUGUCUCCUUUCGUCAUUCUCGUCCUCUCCGGCCUCGUACCAAUACCAUGCCGCCCUCCUAUGCUCACAUCGCGACAUCUCGAGAAAGCCGAGGCGAGGCGCAAGCUCGCGUUUGAGCAAUUCGAGGCCAAAGCCCCGGCAGGAGCCCUGACUGCCGGUCUCUCCAAGCAUACAGCUAGAAACCAUGUACUCCGAAGUCUUUACCUCUCCGGCGCACCCUGGGAGCACCUUAAAUUCAUGCCCCCCGGCAUGUGGCUGACCAAAGGCUACUGGCGACUGGCGUUCCUCGAGGGCGAUGACAAGAAAUUGGUAGAAGAUGGCGGCAUCACAGGCCUCAUCAAGGAGGAGCUGCGGAUCGCAUGCAUGGAGCGCGGCAUCAAUGUGCUUGGCAAGAGCGAGACGGACAUGAAGGCUGCAUUGGGUGACUGGCUACGACUCACUGCAGACGAGGAUAUCAAUGAACGAAGAAAGAGGAUGACGGUUCUUCUUUUGACUCGACAAAGGAACUGGCCCCAGACGAGGAACUUUGCACUGCCUUCGUGGCAUUUGUAA